UCCUUCCCGCCCUCCCGCGCACGAGGCUGGCGGCGCCAUGUGGCGCUGCGCUGGCCUCGUUGGCGAUGCGCAGAAGGCUGAGACCAAAGAGGAAUUUGUUAAAGUUAGAAGGAGGGAUUUGGAAAGGCUAACAACCGAGGUUAUGCAAUUGCGGGAUUUCUUACCCAAAAUAGUAAACGGGGAUAUCCUAGGGACAUUCCAGAAACUGGAUGCUAUUGAAUCAAACAUGGAGAAAAAGGAGGAGGAAAUAGAACAGCUGAAAAUGGAUUGUGAACACUUCAGAGCCCGUCUGGAAACAGCCCAGGCUGAUUGCAUGAGAGAGAAGAAGGAGAAACUAGACCUCCGCCAGCAGCUGAAUGAAGCCAAGCAUCAGCUCCUGCAGCAAGCAGAGUAUUGCACAGAAAUGGGUGCAGCGGUGUGCACACUGUUGUGGGGUGUAUCUAGCAAUGAGGAAGCUGUUAAAAGCAUUCUAGGAGGAAAUAAAGCAGUAAAGUUUUUCACAAUCACUGCACAGACCAUGGAGAGCUUUGUGAAGUCAUUAAGUGAAGACAUGAAACAGCAGGAUUUGGAUUCUGAUGAAAAUCAGUUUGUAUUAGCUUUGGCAGGGAUUGUAACAAAUGUGGCUGCGCUGGCAUGUGGCCGUGAAUUCUUGGUUAGUUCAAGUCGUGAAUUGCUGGACACAAUGAUGCACCUCCUGGGAAACAUGAGGCCGGGACUCUGUACCAAAUUUAAAGUGCUAAUGCUAAUGUCACUUUACAAUGUGAGUAUCAACUUGAAAGGCUUGAAGUACAUCAGUGAAAGUCCAGGUUUUAUUCCUUUGCUUUGGUGGCUAUUGAAUGACCCAGAUACAGAAGUUUGUCUUCAUGCUCUGCGGCUCCUCCAGUCUGUGAUUCUGGAGCCAGAAGUUUUAGCCAAGUCAGCCUCUGAGAUGCGUGAUACUUUGCCGUUUCAGCGUAUCAUUGCACUGUCAAAGAGCCGCAAUGCAGAUCUGCAAGCACUUGCUAAAGAACUACUUGACGAUCUUAAAAUACUUGAGUAUGAAGCAUAGAAGAGCACUAUGACACCAACUGCUUACGUCUUUCCCGUAUUUUUAUGCUUCAAGUGUUGGAGAUGGGCUUGAGUGAAAAAACCUCUGCCUAAGUUCUUCUGACAAAAUCCUUUUCAGAAAUUAGGUAAUCCAACUGAAAUAAUACUUGGGGAAAUGUGUUGGGUUUUAUCUGCCCAAAUAUAAUCUUAGAUGAUCUGUUAGAGAUGGGGCAGACUUAAUUUCUUUGAGUAGGAUUUUGUUGAAAAUGGGUUUCCAAAAUGAUCCAGGUUGUGUUGUCUGUUUGCCAUAUAUGGGGAGUAAAGCAGUCAUUUCAUUCACUGAUAAUAUAUAGUUUAUUGCAGCGCUAAAUAUUCCUUUUGGUCCAUCCUUAAGAAUUACUGUACUGUGAGGAAGACUCUGUUGCUUUUCAUAACUCUUCUGUGUCAGAAUGCAUCCCAAGUUCCAGUCUUAUUGUUGUUAUUUCUCAGAUCUCU